CAGUCGCUCGCCGCAGUCGGACGCGAACAGACCGAGUGAGUGUCGAGUGCGACGCCCUGACCCUUUCGUGCGCCUGCCGUCGACCUGCCCAGGGUGCCACUUUGCCGAAUUUGCAGAAACCCCCGCCCUGAAGGAUGACCCUCGUCAGGUCUUAGCUUGACCCCAAGACGCCAGCCAGAAAGAGCGAAAAGGAGCGGAAUCCGAGAGAGCGAAUCUCCAACCCUGCCAAAGGUGCCGCCCUGAGUGCCGACCCGACCUCUACAGGCGCCGCAAAAGAGGUUGGGUGCUGUGGCGUUGACUGGAUGCAGCAGGGUGCAGUGAUGACGGUGAUGCAGCAAGACGGUGAAAUUCCGAAGGAAGCGUCGUCGAAGCAACGCUUUUCGUUCAGCGUGGCCGCGCUUUUGGCCGACACGCGUCGACCGCCGCCCCCGGAGGAAGAGGUCGAGGACACUGUUUGCAGCGACGACGAUGACGACGUCAGCGUCCUCGGCACCCCGCCGGGCAGCCCUGCCCCCAGCACCAGCGGUGCAGAGUCGCCUGCCCCCUCGGCCGCCAGACUGGCCGCCGGCCUGAUGGCGCACGUGGUGCGCCCGACGCCCUUCAGCCUCUACCCCUCAGCCUCGUGGCCGCUCCACCCCGUGCACCACAACCCCUUCGGCUCGCCCUUCGGAGCGCACGCUGGCCUCUCACCCUUUGCCAAUGGGCUCACACCUGGUUCAGAUGGUGAGCCGCCAAAGCUCAAAUGCAACCUGCGGAAGCACAAACCGAAUCGGAAACCCCGGACGCCAUUCACAACACAGCAGCUCAUGUCACUGGAGAAGAAAUUCCGCGAAAAGCAGUACCUGUCGAUUGCCGAGCGGGCAGAGUUCUCCAGUUCGCUGCACCUGACGGAGACGCAGGUCAAGAUUUGGUUCCAGAACCGCCGCGCCAAGGCCAAACGCCUUCAAGAGGCCGAAAUUGAGAAAAUCAAGAUGGCCGCCCGGCCGUUGUACGGGCCGCCGUUUGGCCUGUUGCAGAGCCACGCCCACCACGCCCUUCUUGGCCCUUUGGCUGCGGCCCAUCAGCACCAUCCGAGGGCCAUGGCCGCCGCACUGGCCGGAGUCAUGGGCAACCACCCCUUCUCCUUCGGCCCCGCGCCACCCCCCGCAGUUUCCGCUGCCAGCUCGCCACCAAGCGGAAACUCGUGAACUGAAAUUUUGUGGGCAAACGAACUAUUGAAAGAAAAACUCUCGUUACGAGAUAUUUAUUGUGAGGUACAUUCCAGUGUGUAAAUAUGUGUAUGUGUCCAAAGUGCGUAGCAGCUAAUAAAUAUGAUUCCUGCAUUAAUU